AUGUCGAAGAAGAAACACCUCCAAUCCACCUCUGGCACACCAAGUGGCAACAAAGAUGGAGAUAGCAAUAGUGGGGCCAAGCAUCACCAAAACAACAGUCAGAACUCCAACAAAGGCAAGGCUGUAGACCGCCAUGGCAGCUUCGAAUCAGCAUUACCAUUUCUCUCGCCGUCUCCUUUUCCUGGCAGUCGAGGAUUCAUGCUUCCGCCAGAGCAAGAUCCAUGGAGAUCUUUCAGCGACCCAAGGGCUGCUUCUGAUGCAAAGCCACUUCUCGCCCCAUCCAACAUUGGUACGAAGUUCAAGAUCCCAAAAUUCACACAACCAGAGUUGAAAGCACCGCCACCUCUGAGAGGUUUAUCUUCAUCAUUUUCGGCCAACAUUCCUUCGACUGCUCCAACUGAUCGGCAAGGUGUUUCCCCCAAAACAACUGUCUCUGUGCCGACCGAUCAUAAGUCCGACCCGGCAUGGUUGGCGCGACAGAUGGAAAAGGUACGGGAGCAAGCCAUACAGAAGCCUUCGUUCUCAGCCUAUGCUAAACAAGCUGAUGAUUCUGCUGAUGGUGACGACAAGAAUGGUAAACCGAAGAAAGGACAGAACGAAUCCGAAUCGGCAAUUAAGAAGCCGAAACGAGACCAGAAGAAGAACAAGAACAAGAAAAAGAACAGGACCAAGACCAAGAACAAGGUUGAGAAAAAGGAGGAAGGCAAGGACGCUAAUGCCGACAAGCCUCACGACAAGGAGAAAACCUCGAAGCCCAGGCCGAUGCUUCAAGUCGAGAGCCCUGGCGCAGUUGAGAAGAGAAAGCAGACAAAUGCAGCAAGACGAGAGCGAGAAGCGAGGCAAAAAGAAAAACCGAGAGGUGCCGUCGAAGCCAAAACACUCGACAAACUCAAGACUGAAGAACCAAUUGGCCAAGUAAAAAUACUUCUAGGAACAGCAAGCCUCAAGCGAAAAUUCAACGAGCCGAACUCUACGGUGGCAUUCAACUCUAGCCUUGACUCCGAGACUCGAGCAAUCAAACGACUUCGCGAAGCCAUCCCGGGAACGAAGCUCACGCUAGUGUCCCAAAAGCUGGAACAGGAAUGCGAUACUCAGCCCACCGGGAUGGCCGUGCUGGUUGAGGCAGCACGUGAGACGAUCCUAGAUCUAGCUAGGGGACAAAUGAGCACGACCAUGGGGUUGGGAGGUAGCCAAGAAGGGCUUGGUGGUGCGGUGUUGAGGAUGUUGAAGGAGCAGAAGGGUCGUCUCGACAGAUUGGAAUUGGCAGCCGAGAAACCCAAGGACGCUGAGGAAGAACGCGGAGAGCAAGCUCGUUCAGAGAGCUCCAUUUCUCCCAGCAGCGGUGACGAAGGAGAUGAGCAAGAGGAAGAUGAACGCCUUGAACAUGACCAGGAAAUGGCCUCGGAUGAAGGUACGUCCAGCAGUGGCAGUUCACGUGAUCGCGAGGAUCAAACCGACAGCUAUUGA